ACAGUCACUCCCACAGUCCAAAAACAAGCACUGUCAAUCAGUACAGAGAGGCGAGGAGGCUUCACUCUCACUGCACACUGUUUGGCUUCUUUUGUGACAACACUUUAAGUGUGUGUGCUGUCUUCAUCAAGGAGGACCUUCAGGCAGGAAAGGAGGACACUGGUUUUAAGGCGGUUGGCUGGAUCUGGUCUAACAGACAUGGACAUGGAGGAGAGGGACUGUUCAGCUAGGGAGUAUUUUGUGAAGAGGAAGGUCCUGGAUGAGUUAUGUCUGGAUGAAGUGGCACAAAAAGGGACUUGGUCCACUAAACCAACCCUGGGUAACCGAGUGAAAGAGUCCCUGAGGUGUUCGGUGUCCAGACUGAAGCACAUAGUACUGAGCUGGAUCCCUGUUCUCGGCUGGCUGCCUCACUACUCCAUCAGAGAAAACGCCAUAGGGGACCUGAUCUCUGGCUGCAGCGUGGGCAUCAUGCAUCUGCCGCAGGGCAUGGCAUACGCCCUUCUGGCUUCCUUACGCCCAGUGUUUGGCCUUUACACCUCCCUCUACCCGGUGCUGGUCUACUUCAUCUUUGGCACUUCCAGGCACAUCUCCAUAGGUACGUUUGCUGUGAUCAGCAUCAUGAUUGGGAGUGUGACGGAGAGGCUGGCACCAGACAGUAACUUUAUUGUAAAUGGCACAAAUGGGACUGACAUUGUGGACUUCGAUAAACGGGAUGCGUACAGAGUACAGAUAGCAUGUUCCCUCACUGUCUUGACAGGAAUCUUUCAGAUCGUGUUAGGUGUGGUGAGGUUUGGUUUCGUGGUCACCUACCUGUCUGAGCCACUGGUUCGAGGCUACACCACAGGAUCAGCAUGCCAUGUAUGCGUCUCCCAGCUCAAGUACCUGUUUGGAGUCAAGCCAGACCGCUUCACUGGUCCUCUCUCUCUUAUUUAUACUCUGGUGGAUAUUUGUCGGCAGCUGCCUGAGACUAAAGUGCCAGAGCUGGUGGUCAGCCUGGUCGCACUCGCUGUACUCAUUGUGGUCAAAGAACUAAAUGACUGCUACAGACAGAAGCUGCCUCUGCCCAUUCCGAUUGAAAUCAUAGUGAUCAUAGCAGCAACAAUUAUCAUCCACUUCUGCGGCCUUACGACUAUAUACAGCAUUGAUGUGGUUGGAGAGAUUCCCAGUGGGCUCAAGGCCCCUCAAGUUCCGGAUGCCACAUUGUUCUCAAAAGUGAUAGGUGAUGCUUUUGCAGUGGCCAUUGUAGGCUAUGCCAUCAACAUUUCUCUGGGCAAAACGUUUGCCCUCAAACACGGCUACAAGGUGGAUAGCAACCAGGAGCUUGUUGCUUUGGGUCUUAGCAACGCUGUCGGUGGCUUUUUUCAGUGUUACUCGGUGACUUCCUCUUUGUCACGCAGCCUCGUCCAGGAGAGCACAGGGGGCAAGACACAAGUUGCAGGAGUGAUUUCGUCCGUCAUCGUGCUGAUCACAGUUUUGAAAAUAGGUUCUCUAUUUUCAGAUCUCCCUAAGGCUGUGUUAUCCACAAUAGUGUUUGUGAAUUUGAAAGGAAUGUUUAAGCAGUUCAUGGACGUGCCUAUGCUGUGGAAGACCAACAAGGUUGAUCUGCUGGUGUGGCUGGUGACAUUCACAAGCACCAUCCUGCUCAACCUGGACCUGGGUCUUGCUGUCUCCAUUGGCUUUUCCAUGCUCACCGUCAUCUUCAGGACACAACUGCCCCGCUACUCUAUCUUAGGCCACGUGUCAGGCACUGGCCUGUAUCUGGACACAGACACCUACAAGGAGGCUAAAGAGAUUCCAGGAAUUAAAAUCUUCCGUUCAUCUACAACUAUCUACUACACGAAUGCUGAGAUGUACUUGGAGGCCCUGCAAGAGAAGAGUGGGAUUGAAAUUGGGAAGCUGCUGACGGCAAAGAAGAAGCGAGAUGCAAAACUGAAGCGUAAACAAGAGAAGGAGAGAAAGAAAGCCAAAAAGGAGGCGAAAAAACAAAUUAAAGCAGUCAGCCAUCUGUCCAAUGGCACAAUCUCAGAGAUGCAUGAAAGGAAAGUCUCAGCAGGACUGAAGGGACAGAGUCAGGGCAAUGCUGUAGCCUUAAGCCUGAAAGAAACCUCUGCGAAUGACUUCAGCAAAGGACAAGUAAACUGGGCUUACCAACAUGACACGACCAUGUCAGACUCAGAUUCAGACACAGGUUGCCACGGUGAUGACAGCACCACACAGGUAUCGCACCACGGUGAUGAGGAGAAGGGAAGGGCCAGCGGAUCAGGCAUGCACAGCAUCAUCUUGGACAUUUCGACAACCAGCUUUGUGGACACAGUCACUGUGAAGACCUUGAAAAAUAUAUUCAGGGACUUUGGAGAGAUUGAUUUGGACAUCUAUCUAGCAGGCUGCCAAGCAUGUGUCGUGGAGCAGCUGGAAACUGCGGGUUUCUUCUCGGAGUCCAUCCCAAAGAGCCGGCUGUUUGUCACAGUUCAUGAUGCAGUGCUUCAUAUUCUCAGGAGAGCGGGACAGACCGACUUUGUUCUUGAUGUGCCCUGCAGCACUCGGAUGUGACCAGCAGGGGUCAGAAUGUUCCAACUAUGGCAAUCUUCCUCCUCCUUUUCCUCCUCUUCUUAGGCUGCUUCAAUGCUCGCUAUUCAUCGUCAUCGUCUCCUCCCCCUUCAGUGGGGGAGAAUGCACCAUCUUGACAUGGCGGCUGGUUGCCAUGGCAAUACAGGGAGCGGUUGCUGUGGCAACAGGCUUUUUAUGAUAUCGUCUAAUGAGAUAGCCAGCAAUACGUCAUUGCAGCUCUCUCACUGUGAGAGACAGAGAAGGGGCGGGGGCUGAGUGGGAGAAUGUAACACUGGACUAAUAGGAGUCUGUAUUUAUAGCCUGUGUGAGAGAGUGGAGAGUGAGUGAAAGGUUGACUGUAAGGGGAAGCUCAUAUGUGAGAGGUGUUUCUGUGAACAGACGGGCCACGAUGGGUGUGCAUACGUCUGUCUGUCAAUCUAUACUCUUGAACCAAUGCACGCCUUCCACAACAAAUCAAUAAAAUGUAAAUAUUUGUCAUUGAUAUGCCCAGGCCAAUCCCUCUGAGAGGGGUGCUUGAUCCUUAUGUUACUACUCAUUGGCUCCAAAUGCCUUCAGGAUUCAGCUGAAAUGCAGAUAUGGUGUAAUAGACGUCAAAAUGAGCAGCGGCUUUUAAACACAACGUGGGUGUAUUUAUACUCAGUAUUCACACGUCUGAUUCUUCUGACAUCUUGGGCUCCCUUCUAUUUUUGGGAUCGAGUGUCAAGUGUUAUCAUCUGCCAUCCUAACUAUCAGAGGCUAAACUGGGGAUGGGAACUGAUAGAUUUAUCGAUACCAAUGCCAUUAUCGAUUCUGCUUGUCGGUUCGAUUAUCUGUUGCUUUCUCGUCAGUUUUCUGUGUAGAAAAAAAGUAAGCCUUCACAGUUUUAUUAUCCGAGUCUGAACACAGAACAUGUCUGUUUUCAGUCAAAGAAAAAAUCUGCUAAGCCUGCCUGCAUGGUGCUAAUGUAAUUAUAACAGAGGAUAUUAACCCUCUGCUGAUCGGUUGGGAAGCAGUGGCACUCACAGUGCGUAGAAUGUCAAAUACACCACAUUCCAUGUUGUGUCAAAAGAUAUUCCAGCACAUUGCUCGUGUUUCCUCCCUUAAAUGAUCAUUUCCCAGACGUCAUGAGCAGCACUGUUGUCAUCAGUCUCCGUGAAAUUAAGCCGCGCUUUAGACUGUCUUGUUGCAAGUUUGCAAAGUGCAAGUGUCAGCAAAAUAAGCCGGCAUCAAUAACAGGAAGCAAUAAGCGAGGAAGGCGUACCAUUCCAAUGGACUGGUCAAUGUGGGACCGGAUCUCAACUGGAACCAGCUCUUGAUUCCCAUCCCUGGGCUAAACACAGUAUUGUAAUUUAUCAUUUGAGUCGCCCACCCUUUUUUUGUUUGUUUUUUUACUUUCAAAAAUCUAUGUGGGAACUAUAUGUUUGUGUUUAAAAUGUACACAAGUGAGGUCCACUUAUAUGUGCAGUUGUAUAAGCUGGAAAAAUGACUUUCCUAAUCAUAUUAACUCAUUUGUAUCUGGUGACUCUCAGUGAGAUGUCAGGACUUCCAUCCGUAAAUAAAUUAUCAACCUGCAGAAAACACUGAUCUGUGUAUCAGUGAUUCUCAAAUAUUGGUUCAUCAAAUUAACCACUGCAAUGUAAACAAGGUCAAGUGUUGUAAAUUAGAGAACACACAUAUUUCACUGUUCACUGUUGUUCUAACUGGCUGACUAAUGCCUGAGAUCCCCUGAGGAUCCAUAUCUAACAGCAAAGAUAAAUCAUCCUAUUCAUAAAAGAAAAAUCUAACAAAAAAACAACAUUUACGUUACAGCACACAAGAUUAAUGAUAGGCUAACUGUUACCCACGAAUCCCUAUGCAGUCAUGUGAGCUAGCUAGCACUAAGUCACUGUGCAGCCCUAUCCCUAGGAGCUCUGCUUGGCCUUGCUUCUAAUUUUUCCCAGUGGCCACUCUCGAUAUUGCAGCAUUUUCCCCAAAGACCACUGUAAUAAAAAAGACUUCUGUAAAACUAUUGACAGAAUAUCUCAAACUACAAACAAGGUCAAUUAUUAAUAUUCCUCUUAUGAAUAUUUGAUCCACAGAGAUUUUGUAUUUGUGAAACUUUCCUGUGGCCGAUAAAAUCACUUUAAAAUCUGUGAUGUCAUACCAGUGUUAAGUCUAUGAGUCGAGAAGGAACUCGACUGGCGGGAAAAACACAGCUGCGCAUAUUCAGUGGGCCAAAGAAGAAGCUAGAAACUUUUUUUGCUGUGUGCAAGUUUUGGUAUCUCGUUAUUAUUAUACAUCAAUGACUUAUCCAUGAAAGUGAGUGAACUAGUUAGCUAACAUUUAUGUACUAUUGAAACAUACUGGCCGAUUAGUUUAUUAUUAUUACGACAGGCAAGCGCAAACUAGAGAAGACCAAGAAACAAGUGCAGCUCACUGUUACACGAUACAUGUAGUAGGGGGUUCCUGCUCUGUCUCUCUUUAAGUUAAGGGGUCUUUGGCCUGAAAAACACUUGAGAACUUUGAUCUGAGUUUAUUUUUAUACAGUCGGUGUAACAUAUCUAAUGUGAUCAAACCAGAGUAGUUUUUGUACUUUUAUCUAGUGUAUGCUUUAUGAAUAAAAUACAAAUGAGACCAUGUAAAUAAAGAGUCAUAAAAACACUG